AUUGUGGGAGACCAGAAAUCUCUCCUCCCCAUUUGUUUUGUGUCACAGCGAUCUAGCUAGCUAAACAAAGCAAAUGCAAUGUAGAAACAUGACCACGCAUGUGACAGUUACAUAAAAUAAAUUACAUUGCUAAUAGUUAUUACACAUUUUAUAGAACAGAAGGGACCAUGGAAGCAGACGGGGCCAGCAGUGCCACUCCCACAGAGGAGCUCAAUGGCGCUGGGAACCUAAUGGACUUCCUUGAUGAGCCCUUCCCAGAUGUCGGCACUUAUGAAGACUUUCACACUAUUGACUGGCUGAGAGAGAAGUCCAGAGACACAGACCGCCACAGGAAGAUUACCAUCAAGAGUAAAGAGUCCAUCUGGGAACUAAUCAAGAGUCUGCUGGAUGCUUGGUCAGGAUGGGUGGUGAUGCUGCUCAUAGGGCUCCUCUCAGGUACUCUGGCGGGAGUCAUAGACCUAGCUGUGGACUGGAUGACGGACCUCAAGGAGGGUGUGUGUUUGUCAGCCUUCUGGUACAGCCACGAGCAGUGCUGCUGGACCUCCAAUGAGACCACCUUUGACGACCGGGACAAGUGUCCACAGUGGCAGAAGUGGGCAGAGCUGAUGACAGGUCACUCAGAGGGUGCUGGCGCAUAUCUGUUAAACUACUUCUUAUAUGUGCUGUGGGCACUCUUAUUCUCCUUCCUGGCUGUGUCCUUGGUGCGAGUCUUUGCCCCUUAUGCUUGUGGGUCAGGAAUUCCUGAGAUCAAGACCAUUCUGAGUGGCUUCAUCAUCCGGGGCUACCUGGGGAAGUGGACCCUGUUGAUCAAGACGGUCACCCUGGUGCUGGCCGUGUCCUCUGGGCUCAGCCUGGGGAAGGAGGGGCCUCUGGUCCACGUGGCCUGCUGCUGCGGGAACCUCUUCUGCAGCCUCUUCUCAAAGUACAGCAAGAACGAGGGCAAGCGCCGCGAGGUGCUGUCUGCUGCUGCAGCCGCUGGCGUCUCAGUGGCUUUCGGAGCUCCGAUAGGAGGGGUUCUCUUCAGUCUGGAGGAGGUGAGCUACUACUUCCCUCUGAAGACACUGUGGAGGUCUUUUUUCGCCGCCCUAGUGGCCGCUUUCACCCUGCGCUCCAUCAACCCCUUUGGCAACAGCCGCCUGGUGCUGUUCUACGUGGAGUAUCACACGCCCUGGUACAUGGCUGAGCUGGUGCCCUUCAUCCUGCUGGGAGUCUUCGGGGGCCUGUGGGGGACCCUCUUCAUCAGGGGCAACAUCGCCUGGUGCCGGCGUAGGAAGACCACCCAGCUGGGGAAAUACCCCGUCCUGGAGGUGAUCGCCAUAACGGGCAUCACCGCCAUCUUGGCCUUCCCUAACCCGUACACGCGGCGCAGCACCAGCGAGCUCAUCUCGGAGCUCUUCAACGACUGCGGGGCGCUGGAGUCCUCCCAGCUGUGCGACUACAUCAACAACCCCAACAUGAGCCGCCCGGUGGACGACAUUCCCGACCGGCCCGCCGGGCCCGGCGUCUACACGGCCCUCUGGCAGCUGGCGCUCGCGCUCGUCUUCAAGAUAGUCAUCACCAUCUUCACCUUCGGCAUGAAGAUCCCAUCGGGGCUCUUCAUCCCCAGUAUGGCCGUCGGGGCCAUCGCUGGGCGCAUCGUGGGCAUCGCCGUGGAGCAGAUGGCCUACCACCAUCACGACUGGAUCAUCUUCAAGAACUGGUGUCGCCCCGGGGCCGACUGUGUGACUCCUGGCCUGUACGCCAUGGUGGGGGCCGCUGCCUGUCUAGGUGGCGUGACCAGGAUGACCGUGUCGCUGGUGGUCAUCAUGUUCGAGCUGACCGGGGGCCUGGAGUACAUCGUGCCCCUGAUGGCGGCGGCGGUCACCAGCAAGUGGGUGGCGGACGCCUUCGGGAAGGAGGGCAUCUACGAGUCUCACAUCCAGCUCAACGGCUACCCCUACCUGGACGUGCGCGACGAGUUCACCCACCGGACGCUGGCCACCGACGUGAUGCGCCCGCGCCGCAGCGAGCCCCCGCUGGCCGUGCUCACGCAGGACAGCACCACGGUGGAGGACGUGGAGGCGCUCAUCAAGGACACCGACUACAACGGCUUCCCCGUGGUCGUGUCCCGGGAGUCGGAGCGCCUCAUCGGCUUCGUUCAGCGCCGGGACCUCACCCUGGCCAUCAAGAACGCCCGUCAGAAGCAGGACGGCGUGGUGAGCAGCUCCGUGGUCUACUUCACGGAGGACGCCCCCCAGCUGCCGGCCAGUAACCCUCAGCCCCUCAAGCUGCGCCGCAUCCUAAACCUCAGCCCUUUCACCGUGACCGACCACACGCCCAUGGAGACGGUGGUGGAUAUCUUCCGUAAGCUGGGCCUCCGCCAGUGUCUGGUGACCAGGAGCGGACGUCUACUGGGCAUCAUCACCAAGAAGGACGUGUUACGGCACAUGGCUCAGAUGAUGAACCAGGAUCCAGAGUCCAUCAUGUUCAACUAGUGUCCAAACAGCCUCCGGACCCCCGAGAAUCUCCACCAGUCCUUCCCUCCAACUGUGUAAAUAGUGCAAUUCUACUGUAAACCUGUGAUGAGUCCCUCCGUCCUCAGACACUGACAGACCCUUGAUGUUCACUCCCAGUCAAGGGACGGAGAUAGGGGGGUUAGGGCCAGGAGAGGUGCA